AUGGAACGAUGGGUCUGUGGAUUGGAAAAACUAAAUCUCAUUGCUCAUUUUGUUUCAACUUCCAACAUGGACAACAGCAAUAACAGCGGGUUUAGAUCAAAACAGUUAAAAUUCGGAGAAAAUAAUUUUAGCUACAAUGAUAGUUUAGACAUAUUUCAGAAAAGCCCUGAUUUAGUUGAAGAAUCCUAUGAUAUUACAGAUACCUUUCUUGAAAAUAUAAAUGGUGAAGUGUUUCUAAGCUCUGCUCAGUCAGAAAGCAAUCAAAUAGAUGAGAAUAAACCUGUUGUUUUCGUGCCUACUGAACAAUCACAGCAAAAUAUGGAGCAAAGUUUUGAGAAUAUAGUCAGAAAUGGUAAAUCAAUAUGA